UAUUUAACAAUUAAUAAUAAUCACAUGAACACUUGAAAAUAAUGUUAAAUGUUCCAAUAUAAUAAAUUCGGAUAGAUAGCAAUUGGAGCGCAAAGAAAUGUACGCAGUUAGAGUAUUUAUAUGUAUAUUUGUGUUGGUGCAAACAUAAAUUGCAAAUUGUUGUAAAUUUCGUAUAGACGUGUGUUAGUGUGUUGCGUGUGUGAUAAGUGCAGCACGCAAAUAAAGAGCGGAGAGCAUAGCACGAAAAAUAUAAAUCGAAACGAAUCUAAAAAGAGUUACCUGUUAAAGGUACAUGCCGAAAAUGGACAACGAACAACCGCAUCAGGAGCUGGUCAAGUGUGUCCUGGUUGGCGACACAGCCGUGGGAAAGACGCGUUUGAUUUGUGCCAGGGCUUGCAAUAAGCACGUUUCGCUUUCGCAGCUGCUCUCCACACAUGUGCCGACCGUGUGGGCGAUCGAUCAAUAUCGCAUUUACAAAGACGUUCUUGAACGAAGUUGGGAAGUGGUAGAUGGUGUCAAUGUCUCUUUACGUUUGUGGGACACCUUCGGUGAUCAUGACAAGGAUCGUCGCUUCGCCUACGGCAGAUCCGAUGUCGUGUUGCUUUGUUUCUCCAUUGCAAGCCCUAUUUCUUUGCGUAAUUGCAAGGUUAUGUGGUAUCCGGAGAUACGUCGCUUCUGUCCAGACGUGCCCGUCGUACUAGUCGGCUGCAAAAAUGACCUGCGUUACAUGUACCGCGAUGAAAAUUAUUUGUCCUACUUUGGUGAAAAAGGCACCUUUGUACGCGCCGCAUUGAAGAGCGAUUUGGUUAUGCCGGAUGAGGCACGCGCUGUUGCAAAGGAACUGGGCGUUAGCUAUUAUGAGACCAGCGUCUUUACGUACUUUGGAGUCAACGAGGUGUUCGAAAAUGCAAUUCGAUCUUCACUUAUUGCUCGCCGCCAGCAACGCUUCUGGAUGACAAACCUGAAAAAGGUACAGAAGCCGUUGCUGCAGGCACCGUUCCGACCACCAAAGCCGCCACCACCGGAGGUUACGGUCAUGGUUGGUCACUAUCGACAGGACAUAUACAAUAUGUUUCUUUCGCAAGCAUAUGCCGACCUUGUUCUAGUGGCUGGCGGAACCAAGUUCGCUGUACACAGAUUCAUGCUUGCGGCGGCGUCUAGCAUUUUUCAACGCAUUCUAAACACUGAGCUGACCGACAUGGGUGGCCGGAGCAGCAGCGAGUCGAGCAUGGUCAGCUCAACGUUUGGUGAGGCAACAAUAGCUGACUUCAAUGAUGACACAGAAUAUCUUAUACGUUACGAAUCACGCACACAACGCAUGUGGGAACAUUUAAAGCGCCGCUCCAGCUAUCAAGCUUUACCAUUGGUAGAAUCAAAGCGCUCCAAUGAUUUAAGUAAGGAACCGCAUUAUCCAGUACUCCAGAGUUUGCGUUUAGUGCAAAUGGAAAAUCAACGCGGCGUCAGCUCUGUUCAGACAAUUGUAACUUUAAGCAAAGCAAUCUCACCACAAGCACUGCACCAAUGCCUGCGAUUCAUUUAUACAGGCACCAUUGACAAGGAAUGCAGUAAUCUGCAGGAAAUUAGAGAAGCUGCCGAUUUAUUAGAACUGCCGCAACUAACCAUGUUACUUUCCAAGCCACAAAGCGUCAUGGAGAGCCCCAGUGAUGAGCCCAAUCCUCACAUUUGUCUUCGCAUAAAGGAGAGCAUGGAAAGGCAUUGCAUUGGAGAUGGUUGUUUUACCGAUGUAACCUUUGAACUGGACGAUGGCCUGAUGAAGGCCCAUCGGGCUGUUCUGGUGGGUCGCUGUGAUGUUAUGCGCGCCAUGCUCCUCGGCGACUUUCGCGAAGCACACUCUAAUGUGAUUGUUUUUCCUGGCGUCACGAUUUAUACAUUCCAUAAACUGCUGUGCUAUUUGUACACUGAUCAAAUUCCGCCCAUAUCAGCGGUUAAAUGCCUCAAUUUGCUGGAAUUGGCCAACCGUUUGUGCCUGCCGCGCCUUAUCAAUCUGAUUGAGUGUCGCGUUAUUGAAGAUCUCACAAUUAUUUCACAAAACGAGACCAAUGAAACGGUCGAUCAUUGCCUAAAAUUGCUGGAGUCAGUCAAGUUGCACAAUGCCCAUCAAUUGGCGGAAUGGUGUAUGUCGUAUCUGUGCGUCAAUUACAAUGUUAUUUGUAAGUUUUCACUUAAGGGCUUGAAAGCAUUGCAUCAGGAUAAUCAGGAGUAUUUGCGAGAGCACCGAUGGCCUCCGGUUUGGUAUCUAAAGGAUUAUGACUAUUAUCAGCGCUGCAUCAAUGAGCUUAAUAAGGAGCUAAAGCUAAAAAGUUCUGGUCGAGAUUUCCCAAGCGAUGACGAAGGUUGCCUAUGUUUUACUGGAGUGUUCUCUUGCUGGCUGCUAGGUAAAUCUAAGCGAAACGGAAUCCCCAACGCCAACGCUCCCAAUGGAGGUGAGAGCAGUGGCACAACGGCCGAACAUCAAAUCUUCAAUAGCACAGCCAACUCAAUGAACCACAUCGACCUGGAGGCUGACAUUGAUCUGAAUCUCUGACACCCAGCCCUAGGACAUGGCAGAUCAUUACGGUUUAUAGUGAUUCUGCCCGUCCUGAUAUGUUUCAUCUGUACAAUUUUAAGUAUUUUGAUACUUUUCCAAAUCCAUACAUAACGAUCCACGUGGCGUUGUCUUUUGAUAUAUAGAAGCUCCGACCAGAGAGGGAGAGGACAAACAGACACAUAAGCAUUAAUUUAAUUGCUUUUCUGAUAUGCUUCAAUAUGCCUAAUAUACAUACGCAUAAGUACAUACUUAGUAUGUACAGAUGGGGGCUGUAUGUAAAAAUGUAUGUUUUAUUUGUGCGCACUUUAAAAUGCUGAAAUAAUUAUUGAACUGUAUGAUAAACCAAAUCAUGUGUAUACUUAUACUUAUGUAUUUAAAUUUUAAAUUCCAGUUUAGGGAACAUUUGUCUAGCCAUAGCUUAUAAGCAACAAUAUUUGACCUAAGGACGCAUUUUGUACAAAAUGAUAUAGAAUAAAGCCAU